CUGGCCAUGCUAAUACAAAAUAACACAGUCCUGACCCCAGCCUGCUUUGUUCUGAAUGGAGUCCCAGGCUUAGAAGAUGUGCACAUGUGGAUUUCCUUCCCAUUCUGCUCCAUGUACGUUGUGGCUGUGGUGGGGAACUGUGGGCUCCUCUACCUCACCUUCUAUGAGGACUCCCUGCACAGGCCCAUGUACUACUUCUUAGCCAUGCUUUCUCUAACGGACCUUGUCAUGUGCUCUAGUACAAUCCCCAAGGCCCUCUGCAUCUUCUGGUUUCAUCGCAAGGAAAUUGGAUUUGAUGAAUGUCUGGUCCAGAUGUUCUUCAUUCACACCUUCACAGGAAUGGAGUCUGGGGUCCUCAUGCUCAUGGCCCUGGACCGCUACGUGGCCAUCUGCUAUCCACUACGCUACUCCACCAUCCUCACCAAUCCUAUCAUUGCAAAGGUUGGGCUUGCUACCUUCCUAAGGGGGGUGCUGCUAAUCAUUCCAUUCACUUUUCUCACCAAGCGCCUACCUUACUGCAGGGGCAAUGUAAUACACCAUACUUACUGUGACCACAUGUCAGUAGCCAAGUUGUCCUGUGGCAAUGUGAAAGUUAAUGCCGUUUAUGGUCUGAUGGUGGCCCUCCUGAUUGGGGGCUUCGACAUCCUGUGCAUUACAGUCUCCUACACCAUGAUCCUUCGGGCAGUGGUCAGCCUGUCCUCGGUAGAUGCCCGGCAGAAAGCCUUCAGCACCUGCACCGCGCACAUCUGUGCCAUUAUCUUCUCCUAUAGCCCAGCCUUCUUUUCCUUCUUUUCCCAUCGCUUUGGGGGGCACACCAUUCCUCCAUCUUGCCACAUCAUUGUGGCCAAUAUUUAUCUGCUUUUGCCUCCCACAAUGAAUCCUGUUGUCUAUGGAGUGAAAACCAAGCAGAUCAGAGACUGUGUCAUAAGGAUCCUUUCAGGGUCUAAGGAUUCCAAAUCCCACAGGAUAUGAGUAAGCUUUUGCUGGGUGAAGAGCAGAGAGGCGUUAAAUCUACUUGCUUGUUUAGGCAGAAGCUGAUAAGAUUCUUCUAGAUCCA